GUUGGUACCCCAAUUUCCGUUUUAGUGCACUCUGGUGAUAAAUUAAGGAAACUUUCUUUCUUUCAUGAUUCGUGGUAAGCGGUGAUCGUUUGUCACGAUGAAGUUGAACGUUUCAUAUCCGGCAACAGGAUGCCAAAAAUUAUUCGAAAUAUCCGACGAGCACAAGCUCAGGAUGUUUUACGAGAAGCGUAUGGGUGCGGAAGUUGAGGCCGAUUCUUUAGGUGAUGAAUGGAAGGGCUACGUUGUUCGUGUUGCUGGUGGAAAUGACAAACAAGGUUUUCCCAUGAAACAGGGUGUUUUAACAAAUGGUCGUGUACGUCUCUUGUUGUCAAAGGGACAUUCUUGCUACAGACCUCGUCGCGAUGGAGAACGGAAACGUAAAUCCGUUCGUGGAUGCAUUGUGGAUGCCAAUCUUUCGGUUUUGGCACUUGUCAUCGUGAAGAAGGGAGAGCAGGAAAUUCCUGGAUUGACUGAUAAUAAUAUCCCACGUCGCUUGGGACCAAAAAGAGCGAGUAAAAUUCGCAAGCUCUUCAAUUUGACGAAACUCGACGACGUUCGUCGCUUUGUCGUUAAACGUCCAAUUCAAAAGGAAGGCAAAAAGGAACGCUUCAAGGCACCCAAGAUUCAACGAUUGGUCACACCACAAACUUUACAGAGGAAGAGACAUAGGGUGGCUUUGAAGAAGAGGCGUUGUUUGUCACGUAAGGAACAAGCGGCAGAAUACGCAAAACUUUUGGCUCAAAGACAAAAGGAAGCGAAAGCCAGGCGACAAGAGGAACUCAAGAGAAGGCGCAGUGCUUCAAUGCGCGAUUCUAAAUCUUCAAGUCAAUCGGCACCACCCGCGAAAAAGUGAACCAUUUCUCUUGUAAAAUUCAAAUAAAAUCGGUUUGAUUAUUAA